AUGAAUUUAAUAGCAAAGAAAACAAAUAUUUCAAGUUCUUUCUUUAUUUUCAGAUCCUUAACACAAAAUUAUGUAAAGGAAACGGUUAAUGCUCACGAAGUAGAACAUCAUUCAAACAUGAAAGAUUAUUGGUGGAACAGUGAUGGGCCAUUAAAUGCAUUACACUCUUUUAAUCCAUUAAGAGUUUCAUUUAUUAUAAACGGAUUAACAAAUAUGAAAAAAAUUGAAACGAAAAACAUUGGCACUGGUCGAAGCUUAGAAAAUAUAAAAAUACUUGAUGUUGGUUGUGGUGGUGGACUUUUAACUGAGGCAUUAGCACGUCUUAAUGGAAAUGUGACUGGAAUAGAUCCCAGUAAAGAACUAAUAACAAUUGCCAACAAYCAUUCUGUAAUUCUUAGAAACAAAAAUAUUAAGUAUUUAAAUGAAUCAAUUGAAGAGCAUGCAUUAUCAAACACAGAAUCAUAUGAUGCAAUUGUAACUUCAGAAGUUUUAGAACAUGUAUCCAAUAAAUAUGGAUUUUUAACAAAAUGUGUUGAAUGUUUAAAGCCAGGAGGAUCUUUGUUUAUAACAACUCCCAAUAGAACGGUUUGUUCAUGGUUGAGUGUUAUAGUGAUUGGAGAAACAUUUAAUUUCAUACCAAAAGGUACUCAUGAAUGGGAAAAAUUCAUUUGUMCUCAUGAAUUGCAGUCAAUUUUAGAAAUAAAUUGUAGAUGUGAUACUAUUUCAAUUAAUGGACUGUCAUAUGAUCCUUUUACAAACCGAUGGAGUUGGACUGACUCGACUGAUUUAUCUUAUGCUUUACAUGCAGUGAAAAGUACAUAGCUACUAGUUAUCAACUACUGCCUAGUACCCACCAUUACUUUGUACUAACUAUUAAUUAUAUUAUCAUGCAUUAAUAUUUGCAUAAAUUUAUUUGUUAAGAUUAUAGGACAAUUAAGUUAUAAUUUAAUCAUUUGAAAUUAAGUUUAUAUUUGUUUUUUGGAUAUCAGGUGUACUAGUACUUUUUUACCUCUAUCUAAUAAUAUAACACAUGAAUGAUUUUACCUUUCUUGAAAUAAAUGUGUUUUGAACUCAAAUAUUUUUCAUAACAAAUCAAUAGUAUAAGU